AGCUGAGUCGCCGAGAGUCGGCUGGCGACGCACUGGACCUGGGGCUGGACGCGACUUGCUGGAGAUGGAGAGGGAGCUGGAUGACCUCGACUCGCCCUCUACCGCCGGUCCGGCCUCCAGUGGAGCGGCCAGCGCAGCCGGGACCAAAGCCGAUACCGGGGGCGGUAGUUCUGACCGCCGUCCGGCCGGCCGGCCCCGGGAUAGAGCACGGAGCAGGGAGAGAGGGAGGAGGAGGGCAGAGGGAGGAGGGGACGGCGGCGGCAGGAGGGUGGUGGUCGUCGGCAGAGUGGCGGAGACCGGGCAGACAGAGAAGACGAAGGAGUCCAGCGAAACGACUGAUGUCUCUGCCGUCCGUCCGACGUCGUCCGUUUUCUCACGUCUGGGCGCCGGGAAAUCUCAGAACAAACCUUCAACAUCCGACUCCGGCGGCGGACGACGCAAGCUCAAGUUGAAACGGGGCACAAGAGAUGGCGCCACCGACGCCGGAGGCCGCGCCGCCACUGCCGCCACUGCGCCAGAUCCGCUCGAAAGCCACCUGCGCAAAAUUCGCGCCAGAAAUGCCGCCAUCGUGCGCCGCACACAAGAGGUGGCCAAAGAUAAACACCUCUAUGGCUGAACGCCCGCCUCCGCCGAGCCGGCGAGCCGCCUGCCAUCUGCCGGCCGACGGCAGAAGCUGAGGUUACUCAGCCGUCCGCUGGAGCGCUGAUGUGCACACGCCGACCCGCUCUACAAUGAGAGGUGGGGUUGGUCGCAGAAUAUUGUACACGUGUGUAUUUUGGCGAUUUUCGGUUUGUCAUGUGAAUGUUGGGCGUGUUCUUGGCGGUCAUAAGUGGCUCUUGAUGAAUGUUUAACGAAUAUUUAGGCGAUUUUCUCGUCAAUUUGCAACUGUUUAGCUGAUAUUUGGCGGAAUUUUGGCGGUGUGAGCGGAUUUGUUCGGUUUUUGGCGCGGUGUUGGGCAAAGUGGCAAAUGUUUGGCGAUAUUGUUGGUGUAGGUAUCGUGCGGUUUCGUUUUGGGGGGAAGGGGGUCGUGCCUGAUAAACGAUUGUUGAAAAAUAAGCCGGUUUUCAUGAAACCGUUACCAGUUUUCUUAUAUAGACAUCACUGGUUUGUCUUUUUUCAUUCACGCGUCUUUCAGAUGUGUCGUUGGAACUGGUUUCUAUUCAGUCAUUAAUGUACUGCAAUUUGACAAAUUGUCAAACACUUGGCAGAUUUGUGUGAAUUGUAUCGGUAUCCGAAGCAGUGUUUUGUUUUCUUCUUCAAAAAAGGUGAUGAUUUGGAUGUUUUGUGUUCGUCGCCUAUCUGAUCCCAGAUAUUGGCUUUUCUCAUGGUGUGAAUGGAUGGUCGACCUGUCUGAAAACAUUGCGAAUAUAUAUUCGAUAUUGUGAAUAUAUGUACAAACAAGACAAA